CCGAUCCGGUAGGCAAGGGUCGUCAUUUGCGCGUGCGCCCUAAGCGCGCGCGCGUGCGCUACCAUUGGUUGACGGUGGUGGGGACACUCAGUGUCAGUUGGUGCCGGGCGUUGCGGCGCAGUCAGUGGGCCCUUCAGUCUUUGAUCCGCAACUGUCGCGGUUGUGCGCGAGAAACCUCGACGAGUUUUUACCCCCUUUUAACGAGAGAAAAGAAGAUAGUGAUUAGAGUGUGACAGUAUAUAGAAGAGAAAUAGAUAGAUAGAUUGAUAGAUUGAUUGAUUGAUUGAAAUAGAUUUUAUCUCUUAUUAAUAGACAAAGAUAUUGUCUUUUGUCUUUCGUUUCCUUUUUUUUUUGGGGUAUUACAAAGAAGAAUAAAAAUAUAUAUAUUAUAUUAUUUUAUUGUCAAUUGGAGAUUGUUGUGUUGGAUGCUGAGUGAGAUACAGCUAUUUGGUUUGGUAAUUUUAUCUCAGUUUCUAAAAAGAAAGGAUUGACGUAUAUAAUUGAGAGAGAGAUAAAAAAAAAAAAUAGGGAAAGGUAUUCAGAGAGAUAAUUCGUGAUUUUGAAUUAUUCCGACACAAAAUCUCUCUCCCUCUCUCUCUCUUUCUCUCUUCUUCGUUUUAAAAAGAAAGAAAAAGAACCCUUUUUGAUAUUCUUCGUGGAUAAGGAGAAGAUACGAUUAAACGUGUUUUUUCAAAUCCUAAAGAUCGAUCUUGUUAUUCUCGUUCGAUCGAUCUCAUUGGUAUCGUCUUUUCACAUUUGGAUCGUACUUUGGUAACACGUUAAAUUAUCUAUCGAUUUUAAUACGUGAAAUUGUUCUCAAGAAUCAUCCUGGUUUACGACGAGUGAUUGAUUGAUUGAUUGAUUGAUUGAUGGUAAUCUCUGUGAGAGUGAAUCGAUAUAUCCGAGUGCGUCGAAGUUUUGUUACGUUAGUUCUCCAAGUUGUUUUUUUCUUUAAUGUUCUUUUCACAUAAUCGACCAAAGUUCGUGUUAUCGUUAAUUUAAAUGAUGCGAAAUAAAGGAUUAUUAACGAGACGAGAAUAAUAUAAUAUUAUUGACAAUACUUGAUAUUAUAAUAAAUAAGAGAAGAGAAAUUAUAAGAUUAAGGUGAAGAUAUAAGAGUUAAACGAAGAGUUUAAAGGUUCCUCCAGUUUAAAGUUGUAAAGGAAAAAGAAGCGUCCCUACGGAAGAAGGGACAGUGCUCGCGGCAGGGAGUUGAACUUUCUCGCUCGGUGUUGACAGAUCGAUAGGAAAGUUUGCUUACGCGAAUUUCCGCGUCGUGUCCGUCGCCAUAUACACUCUGUGUACUUUCUCUCUCUCUCUCUUUCUCUCUCUAUCUUUCACGCACACAUCGUGUAUGAUACGCGUACUUCUCACUUAUUUGUCUGAUAGUUCGCGCGUUAACGAGCAAACACGUUAAUAUCUUUCGAAAGAAGAUCCUCCCCUUGAGGUAUUCCAUAAAAUAAAAAAAAACAAACGAUCGAAAGAUUAUCAUAAAAAUAAUCAAAAUAAUAAGAAGAAUAAGAAAGAUAGAAGAGAAGUAGAAUAAAUAAAAACAAAAAAAAGCUUCAAAGAGUUAAAUAAAGCAGCAACGACGGUGAUAGAUGCCAAUCAUAGUAACCAAUCGAAGAAUCUGACGGGUCGUCGUCGUGCCGGUCAUACUAAAGGCAGCCUGUCGUUCUCUUUGCCAUCUCGCGAAUAUUUGGUUGAAUAUAGAAAUCGAAAGGAAGAUAAUAAACAUCAUCAUCAUCAUCAUCAAGAAGAUCAGGAGAAACGUCAUCAACAAUCUGAACAAUUACGCAGAGAACGAUUGAACGAAUUUAACCGGGUCUCCUCUUCCACGUCAUCUUGUCCAAGACUCGUCGGGGAAAGUUUAAGAAAGUGUGCAACGGUGAAGGGUAACGGUGGAUUCGGUGAUUAUUCGGCAGCAGGGGAAUUCGAAGUCUGGGCUGAAGAACGCGUUGCGACGGAUGGUGUUGGUGGUGGUGGCAAAAGUGGUGGUGGUGUUGUUGUCGUAGAGGGAGGAGGGGGUGGUGGAGGGGUGUCGUCGACUACGACUACGACGGCGAAACCGCCUUCGCGGCAGCAACGAUGCGAAGGCGGUUCUGCCCUGAGACCGUUGCUCCGCGUAACAACACAUUGUGAGCUUCAUUCGCCUCGCGAGGCCGAGCUCCUCAGGUUGGAUCACCUCGAGGCGCUCGAUCACAAGUCCUCGCUCGAACACGACGCCUACUCGAUGAUGGAUAAUUUUCACAGCCCGGUACCACCGCCUUUACCACGACGUCACGUCCGACUUCCACCACCGCAACAGCAGGUGACCGUAGGUUCCUUGGGAGGUGGAUUAGGAAGUGGGGCAGGUAAUGGCGGUACAGGAACUGUCGCAGCACAAAAUCAAGCGAUGGUUAUGCCAGGCUUUCCCCUUAGAGCCGCGGCAGUACCCCAUUACUCACCUUAUUCGCCAUCACGUUUUCACAUCGACAAACGUUGUCAACACAGAUGCUCUUGGAAAUGUUUUUCAAUCGCCUUGAUACUACUCGCCGUAGCACUAACUGCCAUGCUCGCGUAUUUUGCUGCAGUGAGCUCCAUGCGACCGAUAGACAAUAACAACUGCGUAGUGGUUCAAGAUAUCAAGGCUGUGACUCAUGAAAACGCUCACGUUCACGAUCCUAUAUCAACUCAGAUACCAACGGAAGAAUCAUUGCCCACCAGUACCGCCGAACACUCUAGUGCUGCGGACAGUGUCGGUGAACAACAAAGCGAUCCACAAAUUCAACAAUCGGCCCAACAAUGGCCAGCGGUGCUCGAGCUUCAAGCUUACAACGUAGCGCAUUCGGCCGUGAUACCACCAUAUUACUUUUGGAAUACCGAAUUCCGGAAUAAGCAGCCAGCAUUCAUCAGGUUAAACCUAACAUUGCCUUGGGGUGCAAACUUUGCCGUUUACGGAAGACGAAACGUGGCACCGAGCGUCACCCAAUACGAUUUCGUUGAGUUUGUAAAAGGUGGCCGUGUUGAUCAUAGACUUAAAAGGGAUGCAACAUCCGAAGCCGUAAGCUUUAUGAAACAAGCAACUCAAGAUUUUGGGAUCGAACCUAAUCGAUCUAGAUCCCGAGAGACUGGACCCAAAACUAUCAAGUCUUAUCAACAUAUUCUCGUCAAAAGAACUAUCGUUGAACCGAUGAUGGUCAAUGUUAGUCUUCUUCAAUACUUGGACACUGGCCGUUGGUUCUUAUCUGUUUAUAACGAUGAGCUUCAACCGUAUAAGGUAACGCUGGUCGUCACCGAAGCUGAAGGAGUUUCCACUACUUGUCCUAACGAUUGUUCCGGUAGAGGAUCAUGUUAUCUUGGUAAAUGUGACUGCAUCGAUGGUUAUCAGGGUGCCGACUGUAGCAAGAGCGUGUGUCCUGUUUUGUGUUCGUCUCACGGCCAGUACGGCGGUGGCAUGUGUCACUGUGAGGAUGGCUGGAAAGGUGCCGAAUGCGACAUACCGUUAGGAGAUUGCCAAGUUCCUGAUUGCAAUCAGCAUGGACAGUGCGUUAGAGGAUCGUGCGUUUGUAAUCCUGGCUGGAAGGGUGCCUUCUGUAACGAACCCGAUUGUCCGGAUCCAAACUGCAGCGGUCAUGGCGCCUGCGUGUCCGGCAAAUGUUACUGCAAGGCAGGCUGGCAGGGUGAACGAUGCAAUCAGGUCGAUCAGCAGGUGUAUCAGUGUCUACCGGGUUGUUCGGACCAUGGCACGUACGACCUAGAGUCUGCUGCGUGCAUCUGCGAGGAACAUUGGACUGGGGUCGAUUGUUCACAGUCCAGUUGCGGCCUCAACUGUGGUUCUCAUGGAUCCUGCGAACAGGGUCGUUGCAAAUGUCACGAUGAUUGGACUGGAACGAAAUGCGAUCAGAAACCAUGUGAUCCACGUUGCGCCGAACAUGGUCAAUGUAAAAACGGUACUUGCGUGUGUAGUCAAGGAUGGAAUGGAAGACAUUGUACUUUACCCGGAUGCGAGAAUGGUUGCAGUAGACACGGACUGUGCACGUUGCAGGACGGCGAGUACAGUUGCGAAUGUUCGAUCGGUUGGGCCGGUAGAGAUUGUAGUAUACGACUCGAAAUGGAAUGCAAUGAUAUGACCGACAAUGAUGGGGAUGGCAUGAUGGAUUGUUCCGAUAGCGAAUGUUGUUCGCACACAACUUGUGCCGAUCACAUUAUGUGUCUUGCCAGUAAAAAUCCCGUUGACGUAUUAUUGAGGAAACAACCACCUAGUGUAACUGCAUCGUUUUAUCAACGAGUCAAGUUCCUCGUCGAGGAGAAUAGCGUUCAGAGUUACGCGCACAUGGACGAAUACACGGAAAGUACGUUCUGGAGUUCCUUUACACCGCGUCGUGUUGCGGUGAUGAGAGGACAAGUUGUAACCGAGCAAGGACUUGGAAUAGUAGGCAUCAGAGUCUCCGUUGACAGGGACUCACGAUUUGGAUUCACCUUGACUAGAGCUGAUGGAUGGUUCGACGUUUUGGUUAAUGGCGGAGGAGCCGUGACAUUGCAAUUUCAACGUAGCCCAUUCAAACCUCUUACGAGAACUGUGUUCGUGCCCUGGAAUCAGAUAGUUGCUUUACCACCCGUCGUGAUGACCCUUAGCAACGAAGGAGAACCGUAUAAAUCUAAUCAGCCACCUAGUCCAGCAGUUGGCUUCCCAGGGAUUUCCAUGGGGCUCUUUAGCGAGCACGGACCAUGCUUGGAACACGAUCACGAGACUUUGCGUCCAAUCAUCGUUAGCACAUGGAUGCCAGAAAAAGUGGGUGGUUUGCCAGGGAAAAGUCUGGUAUUCGCUGAGAGCCAAAUCGUUCAAGAAAGUAUCGCAAUACCUGGAUCUAAUCUUCAUUUGAUGUAUCAAAGUAGUCAAGCCGCUGGAUACCUUUCCACCGUUAGAAUGCAAUUGACUGGACCAUUUAUUCCAAAAUCAUUAACGCACGUACACGUGCACGUUGAGAUCGAGGGUUCGCUUCAUACAAAAACUUACGAGGCCGACCCCAAUUUGACUCACAUUUUCGCUUGGAACAAGAGAAAUGUUUAUAAACAAAAAGUAUAUGGAGUUGCCCAAGCAAGAAUUUCAAUCGGUUAUCAACAUUCUACUUGCCUCUCGGUCAUAUGGGAAACUCAAACUGCAAUUUUGCAAGGAUUUGAUGUAGACAUUUCCGAUAUCGGUGGUUGGGGACUUGACAUCCAUCAUCAUUACAACUUCCACGAAGGAAUCCUUCAAAAAGGAGAUGGAUCAACGUUACACUUCAAACAAUAUCCGCGUACUGUCAAAGUAGUAAUGGGUAGUGGUCUUCAAAGAAGUUUGGUCUGUAACAAUUGCGAUGGUUUGGCAAAAGAUGCUAGACUUUUGACACCGGUAGCUCUUACCAGUGGCCCAGAUGGUAGCAUUUACGUCGGUGACUUUAAUCUCGUUCGUAGAAUUACACCCGAAGGAAACGUUUAUACCGUGUUAAUUUUGAGUGCAACUCAAGUAGCCUAUCAGUACUAUCUAUGUGUCUCCCCUGCCGACGGACAUCUGUAUAUCAGUGACCCUGAAAAACAUCAGAUAUUAAAAGCACUUUCGUUGGAACAAGUUAACGAUCCUAGUAUCAACGUAGAAGCAGUUGUUGGUAGCGGUGAAAGAUGUAUUCCAGGUGACGAGGGUCAUUGCGGAGACGAGGGUCCAGCUAAACGAGCCAAAUUGGCUCACCCUAAAGGUAUCGCCAUUGCUGCCGAUAAAACCAUGUAUAUAGCCGAUGGCACAAACAUACGUGCUGUCGAUCCACAUGGUAUUAUACACACAUUGGUUGGACAUCAUGGUCAUCACAAUCAUUGGUCACCAGCACCGUGCGUAGGUGCUAUACCUGCGCAUCAAGCUCAACUCCAAUGGCCGACAGGAUUGACGCUAAGUCCUCUUGACGGAUCACUGCAUUUCAUCGACGACAGGCUUGUACUGAAACUAACCAGUGAUCUAAAAGUACGCGUAGUUGCUGGUACACCUCUUCAUUGCACCAGCAAUGCCAAUAACAAUGUCAAUACCAGCGAACUCACCAAAUUAAAUUCAACCUUAGCAACGAAUUUAAAGAAAUCGGAUGACGUUUUGGGUUCAGUUUUAGCAGUUGGUUUUAGCCCAACCGGUGAACUUUAUAUAGCUGACAGCGACUCUCAUCGAGUUAAUUCUAUUAGGAUAGUAGAUUCGUCCGGGAAAAUGUCUCAUUUUGCUGGACAACAACAGGAACGAUUACGUGGUCAAUGCGAAUGUAAUAAUACGACACCCAGUACAAAAGAUUUGGACUCGUGUACCUGUACAGAUGAUACCAGUAGUACGGAGACACUUUUGUCAUCUAAUGCAAAAUUCAGUGCCAUAUCAGCCUUAGCUGUGUCUCCCGAUGGUGUCGUUCACGUUGCCGAUCAAGGAAGCUUACAUAUUCUUGCUUUACAACCAUAUCUUCCAAAUCAUGACGAAAGCGGCGAGUUCCUUAUUCCUUUUCCUCCGUCUAAUGAAGUUUAUGUGUUCAAUCGUUACGGUCAACACAUAUCUACGAAGGAUCUAACAUCCGGAAAAACUCGGUAUUCGUUCCUAUACAGUAAAAAUACUAGUUUUGGCAAAUUAUCAACUGUCACUGACAGUGCAGGAAACAAAAUACAAUUUCUACGGGAUUACAGUAGCGUCGUUAGUACUAUUGAAAAUACUCAAGAUCAUAAAUCCGAAUUGAAAAUUUCUGCCGUUGGUUUUCUUGAAAAAUUAUCCGAAAGAGGUAGAGCAGAAAUUGCAUUAGGAUAUGAUGGUUCUACUGGUCUACUAACGAGUCGCUCAGGGGGAGACGAAACUUAUAUUUACAAUUACGAUAGUUUGGGAAGAGUUACAGAUGUCAUUUUACCAACUGGAGAAAAAUUGAAAUUAUCUUCUGAUCUUUCUAACGACGAAGGUCUUUCCGUACAAGUAUCAGCUCCUCUUCAAGCAUUGUCAAAGGGGGACAAACAAAGAUUUGUUGAAUUUGAAAUGAAGAAUGAGAGAUCUAAAAUGCUUACUAUCACCGACGGUACGAAAAUUAUGAAAGCAACUGCAUUUACGAACAGCAGUUUGGCAUUGUGUCUUCCUAGUGGUGGAAGAGUAUUAAGCGCGGCAACAACAAAAAAUCCUCUACUCGAAGUUUCCUUACCAGUAGAAGCAGAAAUGCUACCGAUGUGGAGUUAUCAAGUGAUGUCUCUCGGUGAACUAACAAAUACAAUGACCACCACUUAUAAUCUUGUCGGGGACGUAAGCCACUUCCAACAGACACUUAACAGAGAAAUUUGGGUAAACGAUACUAGAGUAAUAGCUGUUGAAUUUGAACAAGCAUUUAGACGGGAAACUUUCUACGACAAAACGAGAACACCGUUAUUAACGGUGACCUUUGAUCCUGCCGGAUUACCAUUACUUUGGCAACCGCACGAACAAGGACACAACCUUAGUAUCACUUACGAUAGAUUUAAUCGUAUAGAAAGUUGGAAGUGGGGUGCUUCGGAUGAAUCUUAUGGUUACGAUCGGCACGGUCAAUUGGCAGAAGUUACCAAUAGUCAAGAUGGUACAAAACGAUACACUUAUAACGACUUCAACAUGCUUUCCAAGAUCACUUUGCCAAGCGACAGACAUUUUUCUUUAGAAUACGACGAUGACGGUGGUUUAAGGCACAUUAUUCUUCCAUCGGGAACUAAACAUUCUUUCUCUUGUCAAGCCUCUUUAGGUUUUCUUCGUGUAACAUAUACACCACCAGGAAGUACAAGAGCGUAUCUUCAACAUUACAGUCAUGACGGUAAUCUUCUACAAACUGUAUUUCCUGGGGAUGGUGCACGUAUCGUCUACAGGUAUCAUACGUCCGGACAAUUGGCCGAAGUUGUUCACGGUGAUGGCAAAAGUGAGAUAAGAUACACCGAAAGUGGUUUACCAUCCGAAGUCAUACAUUCCGAAAGAGACGUUGAAUAUAGAUGGGAUUAUCAAUACAGUGCUGGUCUUCUUGUCGAAGAACGCAUUGAUUUCGGGGCUAAAACUGGAUUGAGCAAUGCCAAAUUUACUUUCGACUAUGAUUCCAAUUUCAGAUUGAUCGCUGUACAGGGUAGAAUAGGUGGUCAAACUUUACCAUCUCAUACCAUGGCUUACAAUCCGAGAACUGGCUUGUUGGAACAAAUAGGACAAUUUAAAAUAACGAAACCGCAAAUAAACGAGACCACGGUGUUCGAUGGGACAGCACUUUUUUCACGAAUCACCGACGACAGAUUCCACGAAACACAAGUGACCGUAACUAUUCACAGUUUGGAAGUGUUCAGAAUGGAAUUUACUCAUGAUUCUCGUGGACGUAUUAAUCAGACGAGAACUUAUACUCGUAACGUUGCCGUUAACACGUACACCAACGUCAAAAAUUAUACGUGGGAUUGCGAUGGACAAUUGACCGGUGUAGAAGCACAAGAACCAUGGGGUUUCAAAUACGAUGGAAAUGGAAAUAUGUUAUCGCUUAGAUAUCGUGGUAAUACUAUACCUAUGGAAUAUAAUACCAUGGAUAGAAUCAUUAAAUUCGGCGAAGGUCUAUACAAAUAUGAUAAUAGAGGUCUUGUCGUUCAAAAUGCCAGAGAAGAAAGAUUCAAUUAUAAUGCUAAGGGUUUAUUGGUGCGUGCUACUAAACGUGGUCGAUUCGACGUUCGUUAUUAUUACGACCAUCUUGAUCGUUUGGCAACGAGAAAGGAUAAUUAUGGAAACGUUACGCAAUUCUUUUAUAAUAAUCAAAAACGUCCACACGAAGUUAGCCAGAUAUACAGUCCGCGUGAUGGGAAAUUAAUGUCAUUGGUUUACGACGACAGAGGCCAUCUUAUUUAUGCACAAGUUUAUCGACAUAAAUAUUACAUCGCUACUGAUCAAUGUGGUACACCUAUAAUGAUUUUCAAUCAGUAUGGCGAAGGUAUAAGAGAGAUCAUGAGAUCCCCAUACGGACACAUUGUAUACGAUUCCAAUCCUUAUUUAUACUUACCCGUUGACUUUUGUGGCGGUUUGUUGGAUCAGGUAACGUCGUUGGUUCACAUGCCAAAUGGAAAGGUUUAUGAUCCUCUGAUAGGUCAAUGGAUGUCUCCACUUUGGGAAAAUGUCGUAGACAGGAUAGACACGCCAACGCAUUUACAUCUUUACAGAUUUAACGGAAACGAUCCGAUCGAUAUCAGGCAUACAGAUAGACCAAAUCAACCCACAGAUCACAUAUCAUGGUUCACACAUUUGGGAUACGAUCUAAAGAGUUUAGCACCCCAAUUAUUCCCCGACGAGCUUCCUGGUAGUUUGGUGCCACCGGCCCUAGGUCCAGGUACUUCGAUAUUUGGCAAGAAGAAAAGAACGAGAAAUCUCGGUGUCCAAUCUGGCUUUUUAGCUCACAUUGCUCAAAGACAUUCCGGUGAUGCAAUGAGCCUUUCGGCACCACCCAGGUCAGCACUUAAAACGGACACCAACGAAUUGUUCCCGAGUCGUUUGGGUGCUGCAUCAGAUCCACCGUUCGGUAAAGGAAUCCUCGUAUCUAGAACAGCUGACGGACAGGCCGUAGUUUCAAGUGUACCAACGGCCAAUGCAAUUUACGGCGACGUAUUUACGUCAGUAUUCAAUCGUUCGUAUUUCUUAUCGUUCACGUUCGUCGUACACAGUGCCCAACAGGACGCAUUUUAUUUCGUCAAAGAAGAAACCUGGCGUGCCAGCGAGGAUCGCGGCCAAUUGAAACGUUUAGGCGGACAAGUAAAUACGAGCUUUCACGAGGGCGAAAAUGGAAGUGGCAGCAAUUCCUUGAUAGACGUCAAAAUACACGGCACCAGUUACGUCGUCAAUUUGCGAUACGGUACAACAGCCGAAAAGGAAAAACAACGAUUACUUCAUCACGCUAAAGCUACCGCCAUUCGCAAAGCUUGGCACAGAGAACGCGAAGCUUUGAAAUCUAACACACCGACAACGAACGAAUGGAUGGUUGCUGAACAGGACGAGAUAUUGAAAGUUGGUUCUGCAAGCAAUUACGAGGGCGAAUACAUACACGAUGCCCAAAUUUAUCCUGAAUUGGCCGAGGAUCCUUACAAUAUUAGAUUUGUCAAAAAAACCGUAGACACUUCUAGCAAGAAACGACGCAGAAGGAGAGGUGCGCCGUCCUGCAAGCUUUGGUGGUUGGACAAAUUUUGCUAAAUCGCGUUUAUGAUUCGACAUUAAGAAAAUUCAAUGGCUAUGGCUCUCCUUUCACUGCCCUUCUUUUUAAGUGGGUUCAUUAUAUUGUCCAAUAAGAUCGAUCGCUAAUAUACGAGUCUCUCUCUCUCUCUCUCUCUCUCCCUCUUUCUCUCUCUCUCUCUCUUUCUCUCUCUCUCUCUCUUUCUCUCUUUUACUUUCUGUUUCUCUUUUGUCCAACAAAAAAGUCUACACGACUUAUCGAAACUAAGGCAAAGUGAGAAAAUACUAAAAAAGAGAGAGAGAAAAAGAGAGAGAGAGAAAGAGAAAGAAAGAGAGAGAGAGAGAGAGAGAGAG